GCCGAGAUGUCCAUCAAUAUAACCAGGACGUGGCCAUCGUCCCCCACCCACGAUUCAAGCUGAUCUCCAAUGCUUUUCUCUGCUCUGCUGCCCGUCGUCUUCUCUUGCCUACCAAUCCAGGCCGGAGUCAAGACGCCGCCAGCCCGCAUGACCAGACCCCACCGCGUCUAGAUUUCCGCCGCGGCAGCCUACCCCCUCAAAAAAAAUUCCCCAGACAGAGCGAGCACCAGCAAGGCACAGGAUUGAGUUGACCCUGCCGCGUUGUGAUCCGUCGUCAUGGGGUUCUCUUGAGUGAGCAAUUGACAUCAGCUCUUGCCCCUGCACAAGGCUGUCUGGUCUCGCUCAUCAUGACCCGCGCUCCCUCUGCGAUUCUCGUCGUGCGACACGGCGCCCGGCUCGAUGCCGCUGAUGCAAACUGGCAUCUGACAUCGCCUGCGCCGUACGAUACGCCCUUGACGUAUGGAGGGUGGAACCAGGCGAAGGCUUUGGGCGCGCGCAUCGCGAACAUCCUCAGCACCCGAGCCGCCCAACAAAAGGCCAAGUUCGAAAGCGCCCGAGGCACCAGAGGCGGUGUUACGGACGGAAAGCCGUCGCCUCCUGUUAAGAAACAGAAGGUGGUCAUCCACACCUCUCCGUUCCUAAGAUGUCUGCAGACGUCUGUUGCCAUUGCCGCUGGCAUGGCGCAGUCCUUGGAGCUGCCAGAGCAGAAGGGAAAGACCAAAGAUGAAGCUGAUCACAACGAGAACGGAAAGGAAGAUUAUUCGGUCAAAGCAGUCGGAUUGACGACACCAGACAACGUCAACAUCAAAACCAUCUUACGCGUCGAUGCGUUUCUGGGCGAAUGGCUGUCGCCGGACUACUUCGAGCGCAUGACGCCGCCACCUAGCUCGACCAUGAUGGUGGCUGCCGCAAAAGCAGCCUUGCUCCGGAAAGAGCAGAUUGAAGUUUUCCAGACAAGCACGUCAAGACCGGGCUACUUCCCCGGUGGCUGGUCAAAGGCGAACAUAUCGAAAGAGGCGCCAGCCACGGCUGUGGUGGACGAGGACAUAUCGCUUGACAAGCUGUCGCUCAUGGGCACCCUGCACAAGCAACGGUCCAACAGUGCAAAUAGCUUCGGAGAGAAGCCUGCCACUGCGAAGCCUGUCUUCUCCCAGCUCAAGCCGACCAAGGCUGCAUAUGACCCACCGAUUCCAGCAUAUGCUGUGGCUCCGUCCGACCCGAUUCCGCGAGGAUACUGUGGCCAUGCACGCGAUGCAUGCGUCGACCUGGAUCUGCUAUGGGACAGCAUGCGUUUCCCUCAGGACUGGGGCGAUGGCGGGGAGUUGGGCGAAGAAUGGAGCGCGAUGCACAAGAGAUUCAGAAGAGGUCUGUCGAAAAUGAUCGAGUGGUACACGAAGCACACGCCAGAGUUCCAUCCGGACCGUGAGGACCCAUUGGCUCUGGAACACGACACCAACGAAGGGCAGGACGACGACUAUGAGCUCACUGUCAUCUUGGUGACGCAUGCUGCUGGAUGCAAUGCUCUUGUUGGUGCGCUGACGAAUCAGCCGGUCCUGCACGACUUUGGUCUAACAUCGCUGUCCAUGGCUGUACGAAAGGAGCCCGAUCCUGCCUCGCAAGACAAGGCCCAAUCCCUAAACAAUCGUAACGGAUCACCUUCAGGUCGCAGAAGAUCUUCCAUCUACAUGGAUACAGCAGAUGACUACGAUAUGGAGAUCAUCAGUUCCACAAACCAUCUACGCGCAGGAGCACGCGCUACCGAGCUUUCUGCAUUAGCGUCACCGCACUUGGUUCCUCAAAUUCCCUCAUUUGCUUCUCUAUCUCACCCUUCAAAAAGCCCGGAGCUCCAGCCGAAGCGAGCUGUGAGCGCUGCUCUUGGCAGCAUACGACGGCCCAGUAUCACGCCAUCCGCACCACUAACCCAAGCCCCACUAAGUCCUUCUACGGUGACUUCCUCUACAUCCACGGGCCUGUGGAGCCGUACAUCGACCGUCUCAUCCGGUACCGCUGACGAAAUGCCCGUACUGUCGAUUGGCAUGCCUGCUCACUCUCCGCAAACAUCGAAUAAUGCCGACAGGAUCUCGCGACCCUCGAGCCCGAUGAACCCUGAAAAGGCUGCUAAGGACGAGGACUAUGACGAGGUGCCGCCGCUGCCUAGCCGGAGCUUAAGUCAGCGGAACUGGCUGUGGACUGCGGGAGACCGAAAGCCACUUGGUCCAGUACCGAAGAGGCGAUGGACAGUGACGGAGCAUGAUCAGACUGAGUGACGGUCACGAGUGUCUUAAUUGUUCGUGAGCGUUCUUGCAACGGUUUCCUUGUCUUUGGUUUUUUCUCUUUUACUUGGUCGUCGUGAGAUCAUAAAAUGAGAAGGACGUAGUAGCGCAGCGCAAAAUUCCCCCUGAAUUGCAUUUAGCGAAUUUUGACGGUUUGCUUUUUUUUUUUUUUCUUUUUCUUUU